AUGGCACCUUCUAAGCCUCCCGAAGCUGACUCUCUGGUGAAGAGGCUUGCUGGACCAUCGACGAACAAAGCAGGUCUAGCGCAGGAUCAGAGUGAAAUCAAUAGGAUAAUUGCUGAGGCUUCCAAGGGUUCCAAGUUCUACGAGAAUGAGAAGCGGAAGGAUGAGGAGCUUACGGCACGCAUCAACCGUUUGUUGGAGAAGCGAGACUCCGUAAUCAAAGGAGUGGAUCUGGCGAGACUGGAGAAGGCAGCGGACCAGAUCCUGAUCGAUAUGGAAGCGAGGAGGGAUCUCACCCAAAUCAUAGUACACGUGGAUGCUGACGCAUUCUAUGCGAGUGUUGAAGUGAUGGACAAUCCUGACCUAAAGGGGAAAGGAUUUGGUGUCGGAGGUGGCGUUCUUACGACGGCAUCUUACGAGGCCCGGAAGUGCGGUGUGAGAAGUGCAAUGCCAAUGCACAUUGCGAAGAAGCUGUACCCAGAGCUUAUCAUUGUUCCCUGCCGGUUCUCACGCUAUUCAGAGGUGUCAAAGUCCCUCAUGAGCAUAUUGAGGCGAUAUGAUCCGACUAUGAAUCCUGCGGGAUUCGAUGAGGCGUACCUGAAUAUCACACAGUAUUGUUCCGAGCAUGAACUCGGCGCGGAAGAAUGUGUACAAGUCAUUCGAGAUGAGGUACACAAGGAGACGGGCCUCACGAUCAGUGCGGGUAUUGCACCGAAUAAGCCCAGUGGCCAGUUCAUGCUCCCUUUCGAUCGCAAAGGCAUUGUAGCAUUCAUGAAGGAUCUGAGCGUGCGGAAGGUACCAGGGAUUGGACGAGUGAAUGAGCGCAUUCUAGAGGCGAUUGGUGUGAAGACCUGUGGAGACAUCUACACCCAGAGGGCUGUCAUCACGCUGCUUGACCAUGAACUAGGUCUACACGGGCUCCUGCACGCACAUCUCGGAAUCGGUAGCAAUGUUGUUGAGCCUCACAUUCGCGAAGAGCGCAAGAGCGUCGGCGUAGAACGGACUUUUCGUGCUGUAGGUGACUCAUCGAAGCUGAUGGAGAUCCUGGAGAACAUCGCAGAGAGUUUAGAGGAAGAUUGCGAGCAGACGGGAUGGGCAGGGAAGACGUUGACGUUGAAAUAUAAGCUACACACGUAUGAAGUAUUCACACGUGCACGGUCCCUGAACCGUUAUAUACGCAGCAAAGAGGAUAUAUUCUCGAUUGGUUCUGAACUUCUCCGAAAGGAGUUGCCUUUGACAGUUCGCCUCCUGGGUCUGCGAUUGACACACUUGAAGGACCUUCGUGAUAAAGGUGACAGGGGAAUCAAGCGGUUUUUUAAGGACAUCGGGGAUCAGCCACCAAGUAAGCGUAAUCGGCUGAACGACGAAGAUGCGCCGAGCGGCACGCUAAUGGAAGACGAUGUCGAAGAAAUCCCUAUGGACCAGGCGGUUGUAUCUGCGAACGGAACACCGAAUCCAAGCCCAUCUCGAGAGGGCCAACGAUUUUCGCCUAAUGUAAAGGACCCACCAGAGGGACAACAGCUGGAGGGCCGAGAAAGACUUAUUUGCCCCGUAUGUUCGACCAGCCUUCUCACGGACAAUGAUGGUCUCAAUGCACAUAUGGAUUACUGCUUGAGCCGCGGUACCAUUGCGGAACUUGCGACGUUGGGCUCUCAAGGUGACGGCCCCAUUACACCCAACAAAAAAGUGCCGUGCGGACCGGCGAAAUCUCGGCCAGCACCAAAUCCGUUCUUGCUCAGCAAAAGGAAGUGA